AUGUGGCGGGUGGCGUGUCGCGAGGCGCGCAAGCAGGUCGCGUCGCUGACCCAUGGGCCCGCGUGUCGCGGCGCGCACGGCGGUCCGUAUCCGCUGCAUUCCCUCGCGCACGCCGCCCCGCCCUCCGCCGCCACGCCGCAUCACGCGCGCCUCAUCCCGUCACUCGUCGUCCCUCGCGGCCCCGCAUCCCUCGCCGCCAACGCGACGCGCAUCGGCGCAUGGCGGCACGCGUCGCCCCUCGCCCUCACGCUCACCUCCCCCUCGCUCUCCGCUCUCCGCUCCGCCCUCACGCAUUCCUCCGCCACUCUCUCUUCCGCCACCCUCUCCGCCGCCGCCUCUCUGCCCGCCACCGCGCGCGCAAGCAUCGCCGUCCCCGCGGCAGGCGCGGCGGCAGGGCGGGCGGCGGGCGUGAGCGUGUGGAAGCACUACGGGCGGUGCUACUACGAGCUCAGCAAGACGCGGCUCAGGUGGGUGGGGCGCGGCUCGGUGGUGGGUGGGCGCGCGCGGGGAGGCGGGGAGCUGACACGUCCCGUUGCGCUGGAUGAGAAGAUGACGCCUUUUUCGUUUCUCCCUCGUGUGCCUCACCUCAUCUCGCGCGUAUCGUCCACUCACCACAAACAGCAUCUUCCGCUGCGCACAGCAUUCCCACUAUUCCCCUCCUCCCUCUGCCCCUCACCCCCUCUGACUCCUGUCCCCUUGUGCCCCUUACCCCCUGCCUCCUGCCUCUUGCUCCCCUGCGCGCGCGCCUCUUACCCCCCUGCGCGCCGUUCACCCCCCAGCCUGCUGGUGGUGGCGACAGCAGCAGCGGGGUUUGUGAUGGGCAGUGGCGACCACGUUGAGGUUUAG